UUCCUCUCUUCCAUCGAAACAAAAGCUCUCCGAAGCAGAUCUGAUACAGAGACAAAGGACACUCUACUUCACAAUCAGAGCCGUUCAUCUAAUCCAAAGAUGGUAAAACCGAUCUCGAACGUUAGAAGUGCCAGCGAUGAAGAGCUCCGCUACAAGGGCGUCAGGAAGAGGAAAUGGGGGAAAUGGGUGUCAGAGAUCCGCCUCCCGAAUAGCCGGGAAAGAAUCUGGCUCGGAUCUUACGAUACGCCGGAGAAGGCCGCUAGGGCCUUCGACGCUGCCGUUUUCUGCUUACGUGGCAAGAAAGCGAAAUUCAACUUCCCUGAGAAUCCGCCGGAGAUUGCUGCUGGCGGGACGCUAAGCCCGGCGGAGAUACAGGUGGUUGCAGCCAGGUUCGCCAACGAGGCGCCUCCACCGAGGCCGGAAAGGGUUGUGGUGUCGUCGUCAGCGGCGUCGUCGGAAUUGUCGUCGCCGCCGUCGUCGGAAGUUUCGGAAGGCGGACCGCACAGUGGAGAGAGCGAGCUGAAGAUGGAUUGGUCGUUUUUGGAUUUCCUGGAACCCAAGGGAUUCAACGAGAGCACGUUGGAUUUCGGCCUUUUUCCGGCGGGAUUCGAUCAUCUUUCCGGCGGGGAUUUUGGGCAGUUUCCAGAGGCGGAUUUUGGAGUGGAUAAUGGGGGUUUUUCUCAAAGUUCACUGCUGUGGGAUUUCUAAGUUGCCGGAAUGUUGGAAUUCUGGCAAGUUUUUUGGCCGGAUUCUGACACUUCGCCGGAAAAGUGACAAUUCAUAUUGGAAAAUUUUCAUUUUUUCCCCUUUUUUUUUUGGCGAAAGCCAUUUCUGUUGUAGCUUGUUGCUAUAUUUUGAGGAAGAGCAUUAAAACCCCUCUUCCCUUGUAGAAAUUACCAAAUAUACCCUUCUUUUAAGUGAAAUGACCAAUCUUCUUGAUUUAAA